AUGACGACUAAGACAUCCACUAAAACUAAUAAUUUGAGUAUGAAGCUUCUGAUAGACACAAAGGCUAAGAAGGUGCUGUUUGCAGAAGCUUCUAAGGAAGUGGUGGAUUUCCUCUUUACCUUGCUUCAGUUGCCACUUGCUACCGUCGUCAAGCUUUUAACCAAGGAAGAUGCCGUUGGUUGCUUAGGCAAUCUCUACUCUAGCGUUGAAAACCUCAACCAUAUUUACAUGCAACCAAACCUAUCUAAGGAUCUUCUCCUAAGUCCAACCAUUCUUGGCUCUUCACCUUCCAUCUCCGGCCUCCUCCCUUCAGCUUCUGGAAUGAUAACGCCAAAGCUGUACGGGUGCACCAAUAGCAAUUGCAACACUAUAUCAGAUGUGUGUUACUCUCGUUGUCCCACUUGUACGACCUAUUAUAUGUCGAAGGAAAUGACCACCUAUUUCAAGGGUAGGGCGGCCACGGCGGCCAGUCAGAGUAAUAACAACAAUAAUGGGUUUGUGAAAGAAGUAACAACUUACAUGAUCAUGGAUGAUCUUCUCAUUCAACCCAUGUCCGCCAUAUCCAGCAUCAACAUGCUUAAUAAGCAGUUCAACGUCAAGAAUGUUGGGAUAUUGAAAGACACUGUUGUUCAACUCGGCAUCAAUGAGGGCUUAAAGAUACUCAAGACAUGUAUGGAAGAGUCCGGCAUGGUUCUCACAAGGGUUUUCUUAGAUUCAUGA